GUUGAGGAGCCAAGCUGCAUCAUUUAUGGAGAAUCUUCAACAAUUAAAAGUGCUUCAAACUGGUUCAAGAUUUGAUACAAUCAACCCGGGUCAAACUCGUUUACUUCUUAAACAAAGGGAAAAAUAUUUAACCGAAAACACAGUUGAUGUGAACACAGAUGACAUUUUCAAGAACGUUCUGAGUUUGCACAUGCUCUGUGUUGCCUGUGACAUAGCUACCAACUGUUGCUUGGAGUCAGCUUAUAGCUUACAUGGCCUCUAUGUACGAGAAAUACCAAGGUGUUGUUUCAGGCGACCUUGGCAAUGUGAGACAACACAUUUUUAAGAUAAAAGCCCAAUUCUCAGAGAAUAAGAUAUCCCACCCAAAAAUUUCCGCAGUUUGCAAAGAAAUAGAAACUUGGCUGAAAAAGAAGCAAGCAAAAUCCAGAGACAAAGAACAGAAGAUGCUUAUCCUGGUGAAGAGGGAAAUGCCAACACUGCUGCAUUGUCUACAGAAUGCACUGGGCCUUGGGAAGCUUAUAUCCCCUGGUAUUCUUUCCUCUCCACUAUCAGAGGAUGUUAUUGAUGCACUGGACCAGCACAACUGCCUCAUUUCUCCUCAGAGAUUCAUCACAGACACAUUUCCAUGGGUACAGUUCUGUCUCGUAGUGGAAUAUGAACGGGUGGAGAAUUCGCCAUGGCAACAGCUCUGCGAGCGGCAGAAUAUCAGACAUAUGGAUUUCCAAAUGGAAUUGAUUGAUCUUACAGCAUUUGAGUCAUUGAAGACUGAGUGCAAGAUGAAGCAUCCACAGUACCAGAUCACUCUUAUUGCUUCCCAGCAUAUCAGUACAAAUGUACCUCUGCUCCAACUUCUGGAGGCAAGGUUCAACAUCUUGCUGGUUGAGAGAAAUUACAGCAUGUUCGAAAGUUCAGGACACAAGUGUUAUUUCUCAGACAUCGAUGUAGAUGAGUCAACGGGGAUUGUUCAGUGCGAUCUUGCAGAUGUUGGUAAUGACAUGAAAGUACAAGAACUUGUCACCAAGAUUGCUGCAUUGUCUUUGAAGUACAUGCAUCUUUGGGUGUUGGUGGCUUCAUUAGGAAAGAUUAACAGCUAUCAAUUUCCCAACCAUGUGAUCAGCAAUAUAAGCAGGCUGCAUGCAGCAGUUGCUUGUCUUGUUCACAGAAAGGAAGACUUCAGUGUUAAGAUCAUUAUGUGUGAAACCAUAGAAGAAGUUGCAUACUAUGUCAGAAACAUAAGCGAGACUGGCAUGGAAACCAACACUGAUAGACCAUGGCCUGAAUGGCUGGCUAGAAAGUGGAUCUCCCAAGAUAUGACUGAGAAAGAGAAAUGUUUUCUUUCAUUGCCUUUCAUGAGCUCAUUCAAUGCUCAGCUGGUGGCCACCAAUUUGACCUUUGCGCAGAUUUUCGCAUUCAGUUUUGAUGAACUCGUGGCUAAGUUGAAGUGGAUCCCAAGGAAGAUACUCAAGUCGUUAAAUGCUUUUUGCAAUCAAAAGUCCGGAUCAGAAAAUCUCCAGAAUGCAAUUGCUGAAAGUGCAAUUCCUUGUGAAGAAAACGAGCUUCAAAAUGAAAGCAUAGUCGUUAAAGAAACCGCGUUCAAACAGCAUAAAACUGAAACACAAACAAGUCCGAUGUAUAAUAAUUUUGCUUCAAAAUCAAUACCUGCGAGCGAUGUUGACUUUUCGCCAAAAAAUGCCGAUUCAAGUUGGAGAACCAAUUGUCGUCAACCGGAUGAAAGAAGUGUGCCAAGAACUAGCUGCCCAAUUCAACAUGGAAGACGCAAAUGUAAUUCACCUGGAAUAAAUGUUUUCGGUGGCGAAGCAUUUGACGAAAGUCACUCCAAUGGCAGUGUUACAGAUCAGUCAUAUAAUGGCCUAGUAUUUGAUAAUAAUCAUGGUUGUGUAUUUGAAUAUAACCAUGGUCUACCUCAGAAUUCAAAAAAGACAUUGAAUGAAAAGCCAGCGGUGAGACAUUCAAGUGUUGGCGGUGGUUUCUCUGCACAUGCAACUGGUAUUCAAAAACAUCAAGGUAAUGCUUUGGUAGGCAAGAUCUCACGAAAAGAAUUUGAGUUGGAAUUUCCUUCUGCAGAGGAAAUUGACAUGGCCAUGCGUACUGAACGUACUGAUGACAGUAAUGAUUAUAGAGACCAUUUACAAACCAACUCUAUCUCUAACAACAAUCUGGGCUUUGAAAUAGAGCAUAGAAAUGAGUGUGCCAUUGCACUUGCCGAUAUAACUUUUGAUGAUAGAAGAGUAUAUGACAUACCAUACGUAGCGUAUGAGGAAGAAAAUGCAAUUGAAGUUGGUAGAUGCUCUCGAAUAGGAAAACUGUCGGAGAACGAUGCUGCCCCGAACUGGACUCAUUUUACCCCUCAAGCAGUGACCGCAUUUACUAAAAAUCCAUCAAUGGACAAACUUGUAAAGCGGUUUACAGAUGGAGCAUAUCAAACCGACGAUUUCCAAAAGGACUCCAGAGAAAUGCACAACGGAACAUCUGAUAAAAAAGGAAGUUCGUUUCAAUUUCGACUCUAAAAUAAUCGAUAUAUCAGAUCCCAGUCUUGUUGUAUCAUUCACAAGCAGUAAUGAAACUGAGUCUGCAAAACCGCAGUUGUUUCAGCGCGAAAUAGGAAGAAGUAUGAGUUUGUUUUUAAACCCAGAUAUAGAUAGGCUUACCACGAAGAGAGGGUCCCUGCAGCCUGUGGCACAGACACCUCAAAUGAGAUCUCUGGAAGACGACCUACGAGAAACCACACGAAAAUUGAUAGAGAAUUCUCAGCAGUUUUCAAGGUUUGCAAACAGAACAUCUCGUCCUAAAUUGAGCAUUGGACUUGCCCAACCUCAGCAGCGACAAACGCUGAAAACGCCCAAAGCCACGGAAAUCUCUGGUGAACAACACUUGGGAAACUUGACGUCAAACGCAGAGAGAUUACGCAUGGCUCAGUCACCAUGGGCGUCGGAGAAUUCGCCUCCCAUGGAUUUGGAUUAUGAAAACAGUGAUAUUGAACGUGCCUUAUACCCCGGUAGGCAAUCAAACAGGGACAUUGAACGUGCCUUAUACCCCGGUGAAGAGGACGUGACCAACAGAAUGGCAAUGACUUCCUCAACGCCAUCAAAGAAACGACGGCUGACCUAUCAGAAGAUGCCUGGACGCAGAGGACAAACGAAAUUAGUAUUUGAAUAGAAAUUCAAUGACAUUGUUUUGUUGAAACAUUUUGAUUGUCAUGUUGAUUACGCUGGGCAGUUCACAUUAAAUGAUGCCGGAUGUGAUGUGUCUUAAAUAACCCUACAAUGGCCAAAUUUUUGUUAUUUUGUUCGAUAAAAUGCAAAACAUAGUGUGUGUUUUAAAAUUGUUUUUCAAUACAUAUCCAUAGUUAAGUACGUGAAUAUAACGACUAGUUCUU